AUGAACCACUGUUGCCAGAUCGAUUUUUUUUUUUUUUUUUUUCAGGUCAACCAUGUUAAUUCAUUUUUUCAUGAAUAUUUUUUCUCUUUAUUUUUUCCAAAUCCUAAUAUUUCUCCUUUCUCUCAUUUUGCAGAGGAGGCGGACUACAGCGCCUUUGGCACAGAUACUUUAACCAAAAAGAAGAAUGUCCUUCAGACGGUGCUGCGUCCAGACGUCAACAAAAAGAAGCCUCACCUGGUCAUUGGUAUGCCGAGUGACUUCAGGCCGGUUUCGUCCAUCAUUGACGUCGACAUCCUUCCUGAAACCCACCGUAGGGUGCGCCUCUACAAACACGGUAUGGAUAAGCCCCUUGGGUUCUACAUCCGGGACGGCUCCAGUGUUAGGGUGACACAGCACGGCCUAGAGAAAGUGCCAGGCAUUUUCAUCUCUAGACUGGUUCCUGGGGGCCUGGCCCAGAGUACUGGACUUCUAGCCGUUAACGAUGAGGUCUUGGAGGUCAAUGGUAUCGAAGUGUCAGGAAAGAGCCUUGACCAAGUGACCGACAUGAUGAUCGCAAAUAGUCACAACCUCAUCAUAACAGUCAGGCCGGCCAACCAGAGAAACAACGUAGUACGGAACAGCCGGAACUCCGGGAGCUCUGGACAGUCGACCGACAGCAGCACGAGCAUGUAUGGAAAUGUACAGACGCAGCACAUCAUCCAGAACUACCACCCUGAAGAAGUGGAGAGCGACGAGGAGGACAUUAUCAUCGAGGAAUCUGGCGAACCACAGCAAAUCCCUAAGGCCGCCCCAUCCUCAGAGAGCCUGGAGUCCCUCACACAUCAUGAUUCCUAUCACGAAUCGCCACAAAACGGAUUUAUUCCGCCUAACUACAACGUGCACUUAUCUGCCAGCAGAGGCAGCUUGGACCUUAUUUCCAAUAAUCAUGAGACACGGAUCUUAGAAGAAGAUGGAACCGUGAUUACACUGUGA